UUUUCUUCUGACUUCCAUCAUUUUUGAUGACAGUCUCCCAUUCGUCAUCCUUUUGUACAUUGCCAGUGUUUCGCAAUUGAAUCAGCAAUUGGAAAAAAUCUUUGCGAAUAAUGUUGUAUCGUUCUCGAUACUCCAAAUUCUCUUUCACAAGUGAGUGGAUAAAGUUUUCAACGCCUGGAUCCGCGAAUUUAAUACGAAAAAAACGAAUAACUUGUGGUGCAACAAACCGUGAAAGUCUCUUAAACGCAUUCCAUGUGGUUGUUGCGAAAAUUCGACUACCGUAUUUACGAAAAUCAUUAUCUGGAUCAACUACACAAUCGAUUUCGAUGCCAAAAAAUAUCGAAGCAAUUACGUUUGUUCCAUGUCUGGCUGAAAUGUCAACGACAUCAAGUAUUCCACCAUUAUCAGCUACUUUUGCUAAAUAACUUUCCAGACUGGAACCACAUUCUAGCAGCGUGGGAAACAUUGCCUUUAAUUUACCAGAUGCAAAGGUUGGAGUUAAUUCUCGGCGUACACUUCUCCACUUAUGACCUGGUAAAUUGACUAAAUUUCCGGUCAAUGGGUCAUAGUCUUCGUUAAUUUCAUUGCCACGAUCGGUGAAAUAAUCAAAAUCUUUGAUUAAAAUCUUGCGAAUUAGCUCAGGAUCACGAAUCAUCAAAAUACGUCGCAAAAAUCCAUACAUUCCUUCGUAUGGCUCAUUUGACGAUCUAUAGAGUCGCACCGAUAAAUCAGCAAUACUCUCUUUUUGUAAAUACAACGCACCAAAGUGGCCAGCCAAAUAAUUGAGACCGGGCAAUGUUUUAAUUCCUUUUCGAUCCCAGUAGGCGUAUUGCCGUUUGAAAUAUAGGUAAAUCGAUGUAAGCAAUAUGACAAAGAUUGCCAUUGCAUCGAUUGCCCAACUAUCACCAAACACACCCAUUGUUUUUUGUUUAAAUAUCACUUUGAAUUUAUUUUGAAAAUCCUUUGGCCGAUGCAACAACUUAUCUUUUGUGCUGUUUAUUAAUUAAAUUCUCUUCGGAGACUGACUUGCUUGUUCUGGUGUUUCUUUCUUUUAUGGUAUUUUAAAUCAAACGAAAUCAACAAAUAUGAUAGUAUUUAUAAGAUAAUGAGCUGCUAUCAAAGAUGAUAACGACCGGCUAAAUGCACACAUGCUCACUGAUAACAUAUGAAUGACAGCAGAUAUGUACUCUCAGUCUCAACAUUUCGUAAUUGAUUGCGGUAAUUUGUGGUUAAAUUUUAUAUUUUUUCUGUCUUACAAAGUGUCAUGCAAAACGGUACUUAAAAAUGUACCAUGGCGUGUGGUAUAGUGGCUUAGCAAUAAUUUAUUCAAAGCAACAGUUGUUAAAAUUAAAAUUCAAAGUGUGCACCCAUGACACUACAUCCAUUUGAACAGAAUGCAGCCACAUUUUAAACAUACGUAGUAAGAUCUGUCACAAUAAUUGUCUCAUUUAUCGCCCGUGUUUGAUUUCGACGAACUUGUUUCUUAUCAAGGAGUGUUUUUAUCUAUGUUUUUUGUAUUUCACUACGACUAGGCGGUCUAUGAGUCAUAUAUUUCGAAUGAAUUUGUCAAUUUUAAUUAAUUUAAUUGCAUAAUUGAUGACAAUGUAUUAAUCAUAUCCAUAUGAAUUUGUGUGGAAAAGAAUUUCAUUAUCAGAUAGAAAGUGUGUGUAUGUUUUUUUAUAAUCAAAACAUAUCGCAAGAACAACAACUACAGCCUUUGACGUUAAUAAAAACAGAUAGCAAGAACUGCGCAUUCGCAUCCCCACUAGAAAUUAUAUUUCAACGCCAAAUAACAAUGGUUCGGCGCUGAGUAUCAUAAACAUUACUCAUUAUAGUGCGGUUGUAUAUAGUCCAGUCUGACGAAUGUUAGUGAAAAUAACACAGACAGUGCAAAAAAUUUAAAGUGUAGUGAACUUAGUCGAUUUACUUUCUUUUACUUGAAUUCAGCUUUUCAAAGUCGUACAAACACGAGAAAAGGGAAACGUUAACGAAAUAAAAGGCGAAUUAUAAAUAAUUUUCAAUUUUACUACGUAUCGAUAUUUUAAGCAUUGAAAUAUAGUGAAAACGCGAAAGAAAAUCAACAACAACAAGAUGCCACCGCAAAAAUGGUCAAACAGUACAGCACAGUCUGCGCGAUACAUAACGGAUGAGCAAUUGGCUCCAUUUGUAUCGGAAUUUCUGCCUACCUCACAAGUCGAAUUGACUUUAAGUUGCCGAAAUUUAAUAAAUGCCGAUAUCAUCUCUAAAUCAGAUCCAUAUUGCAUCAUCCAUUGCAAGGAGCCGUGGCAAGACCAGUAUUAUGAAAUCGCAAGAACAGAGACAAUUGAUGACAAUCUCAAUCCACAAUGGGUGAAGAAAGUGAUUUUGAACUACAACUUUGAAACGAUACAGAAAAUUCAGUUUGAAGUUCGCGACGAGGACUUGAAGGGGUCGGAUUUUUUGGGACGCUUUGAAACAACGUUAUCGGAUUUGGUGUCGCAUAACAGCCGCCAAUUUGUUGGCAAAUUAUCGGGGAUACCAAAUCGGAAUUGUGGUGAAAUUGUCAUAGUAACAGAGGAAGUGACCAGUUGCAAACAAGUUGUUGAAAUUCAAUUUAGCGCUAUAGAUAUCGCUCCAACUGGGUGGCUGUGUUUUGGUCUAUGUAACAAUGAUCCGUUUUUGGUCAUUUCAAGGUCAAACGAAGACGGUUCGUAUUCCGUGGUUGCCAAAACCGAACCGGUUGUAUCCAGUCAAGAUCCUAGAUGGAAACCAAUUACAAUACGAGCCACGACACUUUGUAACGGAGACUUUGAACGAAACAUCAAACUUGACGUUUACGACCAUCGAUCAAAUGGAAAUCAUAAAUUGAUUGGAACAUGUCAUUCAUCAUUGAACCACUUGAAUUCACCAAAUGAACCGCCGAUGAAUCUAAUGGAUGAACAAAAACGCGGCACAGUCGGUGUACUUAGAGUAGAUAAAAUCAGGAUAACCGAAGAUGAUACGUUUCUCGAUUAUAUUCGAAAUGGAACCCAAAUGCAUUUUGCAGUGGCCAUCGAUUUUACGGCUUCGAAUGGAACGUACACUGAUCCAAAGUCACUUCAUUAUCUAUGCGGAACACGCUUGAAUCCAUAUGAAAUUGCACUCAGCAGUGUGGGUUCCAUUAUACAAAAUUACGAUGAAUCACAAUUGUUUCCAGCAUUUGGUUUUGGCGCCAAAAUACCACCAACUGGCCAAGUCUAUCAUCAAUUUCCAUUGAAUAAUAAUCCUUCACAUCCUUAUUGCGCGGGAGUUGAGGAGAUUCUAAAUCAUUAUCGUCUUAGAGUUAGAAGCGUCACGCUUUAUGGCCCGACCAAUUUUGCACCAGUUAUAAAUAACACAAUUUCGAUUGCCAGUCAAUUCCAAGACGGAAGACACUAUUUUGUACUUUUGAUAAUUACCGAUGGUAUCAUUUCUGAUAUGCAUUUAACCAAGCGAGCCAUUAUUGAAGCGUCAACCCUUCCAAUAUCAAUUAUUAUCGUUGGCGUUGGUGAUGCAGAAUUCGAUGCAAUGGAUGAGCUCGAUUCAGAUGAUGUGCGUUUAACGGCCGAUGGCCGUUACGCUGAAAGAGAUAUUGUACAAUUUGUUCCGUUGAAUAAAUUCAUGUCCCAGACAGGAACGGGGACUUUCAUUAAAUCACAGACAGACCUCGCCAAAGAAGUGCUUGCAGAAAUACCAGAACAAUUGACGAGCUAUAUGAAGUCGCGGGGAAUCAGACCACAAAUACAACCACAAAGUGUGCCAAAUACGUCUGUCGUUAUGCCAACAGCACCAAUCUCAUAAUAAGAGCCGCACAAUUUUUUAAUGACUACUACCUCAUUUACUUAAAAGACUUACUCAAAACGUCACGAAAUUUUUGAAUUCUCACGCAUUUUCUGGAAUAUGUUACACACAUACUGCCUAACAAAGGAUUUGAGUCGCUUUUUUUGCUUUGUCAACACUUUUUUUUAUUAAAAUACAAUUUUAUGAAUGUGUAUUAUCUUAUGCAUAAGUGAUAUUACUAAUCAAAUUAUCGUCUAAAUAAAGGUUUCCUAUGAUGAGACUCUGAA